GGGAGGAGGAGGCCCCGUCGCGGCCUUCGCCGCCGCCAGCGGGGCUGUCUCUGUAGCUCCCGAUGGAGUUUGAGGUCGUGAAACCGCCGCCGAGCGCUGCCCCGGCGAGACGAGGCGCCUCCGUCGCCGAGCCGCGCCGUCGCGGGGCUCCCGGGAGCGGCCCUUAGCGACCCCGCCCGGGCCCCUUCAGCUUACAAAACACUACACAGCAAAAUAAUGAUCUGCUAGACUGCUAACCCGAGCAUCCAGCUUCCACAAUGCCUGUGCAGGCAGCUCAGUGGACAGAAUUUCUGUCCUGUCCAAUCUGCUAUAAUGAAUUUGAUGAGAAUGUGCACAAACCCAUCAGUUUAGGUUGUUCACACACUGUUUGCAAGACCUGCUUGAAUAAACUUCAUCGAAAAGCUUGUCCUUUUGACCAGACUGCCAUCAACACAGACAUUGAUGUGCUUCCUGUCAACUUCGCACUUCUCCAGUUAGUUGGAGCCCAGGUACCAGAUCAUCAGUCGAUAAAGUUAAGUAAUCUAGGUGAGAAUAAACACUAUGAGGUUGCAAAGAAAUGUGUUGAGGAUUUGGCACUCUACUUAAAACCACUAAGUGGAGGUAAAGGUGUAGCUAGUUUGAACCAGAGUGCACUGAGCCGUCCAAUGCAAAGGAAACUGGUGACACUUGUAAACUGUCAGCUGGUGGAGGAAGAAGGUCGUGUAAGAGCCAUGCGAGCAGCCCGUUCACUGGGAGAAAGAACUGUAACAGAACUGAUAUUACAGCACCAGAACCCUCAGCAAUUGUCUGCCAAUCUAUGGGCUGCUGUCAGGGCUCGAGGAUGCCAGUUUCUAGGGCCAGCUAUGCAGGAAGAGGCCUUGAAGCUGGUGUUGCUGGCAUUAGAAGAUGGUUCUGCUCUCUCAAGGAAAGUGCUGGUACUUUUUGUUGUGCAAAGAUUAGAACCAAGAUUUCCUCAGGCAUCAAAAACAAGUAUUGGUCAUGUUGUGCAACUACUGUAUCGAGCUUCUUGUUUUAAGGUUACCAAAAGGGAUGAAGACUCUUCCCUGAUGCAGCUGAAGGAGGAAUUUCGGAGUUAUGAGGCACUACGCAGAGAACAUGAUGCCCAAAUUGUUCAUAUUGCUAUGGAAGCAGGACUCCGUAUUUCACCUGAGCAGUGGUCCUCACUUUUAUAUGGUGACUUGGCUCAUAAAUCACACAUGCAGUCUAUCAUUGAUAAGCUGCAGUCUCCAGAAUCAUUUGCAAAGAGUGUCCAGGAAUUGACAAUUGUUUUGCAACGAACAGGUGAUCCAGCUAACUUAAAUAGGCUGAGGCCUCAUUUAGAGCUUCUUGCAAACAUAGACCCUAAUCCAGAUGCCGUUUCACCAACUUGGGAGCAGCUAGAAAAUGCAAUGGUAGCUGUUAAAACAGUGGUUCACGGCCUUGUGGACUUCAUACAAAAUUAUAGUAGAAAAGGCCAUGAGACGCCUCAACCUCAGCCAAACAGCAAAUACAAGACUAGCAUGUGCCGAGAUCUGCGACAGCAAGGGGGGUGCCCACGAGGAACAAAUUGUACAUUUGCCCAUUCUCAGGAAGAGCUAGAAAAGUAUCGAUUAAGGAACAAAAAGAUCAAUGCUACUGUAAGAACGUUUCCUCUUCUAAAUAAAGUUGGUGUAAACAACAGUGUCACAACCACAGCCGGAAAUGUCAUUUCUGUCAUAGGAAGUACUGAAACAACGGGGAAAAUUGUUCCAAGUACAAACGGAAUUUCAAAUGCAGAAAACAAUGUUUCCCAGCUAAUCUCACGUAGUACUGACAGUACAUUAAGAACUCUGGAGACUGUGAAGAAAGUGGGGAAAGUUGGCACGAAUGGUCAGAAUGCUGCUGGGCCUUCUGCAGAUUCUGUAACUGAAAAUAAAAUUGGUUCUCCACCCAAGACUCCUGUAAGUAAUAUAGUGGCUACCUCAGCUGGGCCCUCUAAUGUGGGAACAGAGCUGAAUUCUGUGCCUCCAAAAUCCAGCCCAUUUCUAACUAGAGUACCAGUAUAUCCUCAACAUUCUGAAAACAUUCAGUAUUUUCAAGAUCCAAGAACUCAGAUACCCUUUGAAGUCCCCCAGUACCCGCAGACAGGAUACUAUGCACCACCUCCAACGGUACCAGCUGGUGUGGCUCCCUGUGUUCCUCGCUUUGUGAGGUCCAAUAAUGUUCCAGAGUCCUCCCUCCCACCUGUUUCCAUGCCAUAUGCUGAUCAUUACAGUACAUUUUCCCCUCGAGAUCGAAUGAAUUCUUCUCCUUACCAGCCUCCUCCUCCGCAGCCAUAUGGACCAGUUCCUCCAGUACCUUCUGGAAUGUAUGCUCCUGUGUAUGACAGCAGGCGCAUCUGGCGCCCACCUAUGUACCAACGAGAUGACAUUAUUAGAAGCAAUUCUUUACCUCCAAUGGAUGUGAUGCACUCAUCUGUCUAUCAGACGUCUUUACGGGAAAGAUAUAACUCAUUAGAUGGAUAUUAUUCAGUGGCUUGUCAGCCACCAAGUGAACCAAGGACAACUGUGCCUUUACCAAGGGAACCUUGUGGUCAUUUGAAGACCAGUUGCGAGGAGCAGAUAAGAAGAAAGCCAGAUCAGUGGGCACAGUACCACACUCAGAAAGCACCUCUUGUUUCUUCAACUCUUCCUGUGGCAACACAGUCACCAACACCACCUUCUCCUCUGUUCAGUGUAGACUUUCGAACGGAUUUCUCUGAGAGUAUGAGUGGUACAAAAUUUGAAGAAGAUCAUCUUUCCCAUUAUUCUCCCUGGUCUUGUGGCACCAUAGGCUCCUGUAUAAAUGCCAUUGAUUCAGAGCCCAAAGAUGUAAUAGCUAAUUCAAAUGCUGUGUUAAUGGACCUGGACAGUGGAGAUGUUAAAAGACGAGUGCAUUUAUUUGAAACUCAGAGAAGGACAAAAGAAGAAGACCCAAUAAUUCCCUUUAGUGAUGGACCCAUCAUCUCAAAAUGGGGUGCAAUUUCCAGAUCUUCUCGUACAGGUUACCAUACCACGGAUCCUGUCCAGGCCACUGCUUCCCAAGGAAGUGCAACUAAGCCCAUCAGCGUAUCAGAUUAUGUCCCUUAUGUCAAUGCUGUUGAUUCAAGGUGGAGUUCAUAUGGCAACGAGGCCACGUCAUCAGCACACUAUAUUGAACGGGACAGAUUCAUUGUUACUGAUUUAUCUGGUCAUAGAAAGCAUUCCAGUACUGGAGACCUUUUAAGCAUUGAACUUCAGCAGGCCAAGAGUAACUCAUUACUUCUUCAGAGGGAAGCCAAUGCUCUGGCCAUGCAACAGAAGUGGAAUUCCCUGGAUGAAGGCCGUCACCUUACCUUAAAUCUUCUAAGCAAGGAAAUUGAACUGAGAAAUGGAGAGAGUGAUUAUACAGAAGAUGCAACAGAUACUAAGCCCGAUAGGGAUAUUGAAUUAGAGCUUUCAGCACUUGAUACUGAUGAACCUGAUGGACAAAACGAACAAAUUGAAGAGAUCCUGGACAUACAACUUGGUAUCAGUUCUCAAAAUGAUCAGUUGCUGAAUGGAACAGCAGUGGAAAAUGGUCAUCCAGUCCAGCAGCACCAAAAGGAGCCACUGAAGCAGAAGAGACAGAGUUUAGGUGAAGACCAUGUGAUUCUGGAGGAGCCAAAAACAGUUCUGCCGGUAACUUCUUGCUUUAGCCAUCCACUCCCAGUGUCUAUUAGCAGUGCAAGUUGCCUUCCCAUCACCACAUCUGUCAGUGUUGGCAACCUCAUUCUGAAAACUCAUGUUAUGUCUGAAGAUAAAAACGACUUUUUAAAACCUGUUGUAAAUGGGAAGAUGGUUAACAGCUGAAAGGAGGUUCAUCUUUCAAAUUUGUGACCACUCCAUGGAAGCAUUUACACUAGCUUUUUAUAUAUAUAAUAUAUAUUAUAUAAUGUAUAUUUUUUUUAAAAAAAAAGAUAUUACUGGGGGCAUCCAUUUCCUGUGGACUCUUUGAUACUUCAAGCCCUCUUGCAUUAGCAUUAUGAAAAAAAAAAAAAAGAAAAUUUACUUUACUAGGGUAACACGUUCACUUUCCAGAAGUGAUUGGAAUUUGGACAACAUUUAACUUAAGCUUCAAGCAGCUUUUUAUGAGUUUGUAGCAAUCCGGUGCAGUAACUGAGCCAUUUCCUAUUUUAAAUGGCUUCUAUAGAAAAUUAACAACUCAGUUAUUAAACUAGCAGGAUCCUACAAUGAUACAUCUAGUGAAAGUAGACUUAAUUAACUUAUUUAUUUCUAUUUUAUGUUUCAUUGAGAGAAAUUUCCAUCCCAUUCCAGCUGCUUUAUUUAUCUUUUUCAUGGGACUUUGCAUGGAUUUUUUUUUUUCUUCUUUUUCUUUUGAAGAAUGGAGUUUGAUGUUCUUACCAUAGAAUUUUUACAGGGUUAUAUACUAGCUUUCUUUACUGCAUUAUAUGUUGGAGUGUGGUGCAGUGCUUUUAUCUGUAGCAUUUAAUUUUUUUAAAAAAAUUUUCCAUUUUUCAAGAAUAGUCUCUGCUUUGUUAAUAUUUAUACACAGGCUACUUGUUGAAGUAAUUAAUUAAAAAUAUAACCAAGUGCCUAAGUCUUUCAGCUGAUGUACUAGAUAUUAAAUUCUCCUAAGUUAUGCAGAAUCGUUUUUACAAUUUUGAUAAAUUAUGCACUAAUGUAAUGGCAGUUUUUUAAAAUGCAGAUUUAAGCCUGUACAUUAUUGAAUCUGAUGACUUGGCAAAAGUAUCAGGUGCUUUCAGCUUUCUUGAGAAAACCCUGUAUGUAGCGUUUGCACUGACUAACAAGAUGGUAUUGCUGGGUUUUUUAAUUUAAACUAAUUAAUUUGGAUGUUCUUUGCAUUAUCUUGGUUAAAUAUUGUUUAUUGUUACUUCAUGUUGCAGUUUAAUUUUCCUUGUUUUCCAACUGUUGGGUUGAUAAGAUUAUGAACCAUGUAAUAGUAGUACAUUGGCUAACAUUUAUUCAUACUUAAAAACGUAAAUAAUUUCUGCUCUGCUAAAAUACGACUGAAAUUGUUUUGACUUGGCAUCUGAAAGUAUGCAGUAUGUUCAACCAGCCAUGCCCCAGAUUUGUGGGAGGUAUUUUAUUGAAACCUGAAUUUCAGUCAACAUUUGAAAACAAAAGCUGGGCAUUCCUUCCUGGUGAUCUCACCUAUAGUUUGUCUUUUUGUUUUUCUUCCAUUUCUUUAAGAUUAGUUUGACUUUUGUUAUUAUUUUUUUAAUUAACUUCUGUGAAGUUGUUUACUCUGAAAAUUGUACUGGAAUAUUUUAAGCCAAGCUGAUCUUUCACCAGGUGUACUGUAUGUAAGGGCUUUUCCUGCUAGCAAGAUGCUUAAACAGGAUCAUGUUAUUGGUCGUCUGAGCUAUUUAGUUGUUUUACAAAACCACAACAUUGUAUCAGAUAAGAUUUUGAUAAAAGUUUUGUGCACAUUUCCAGGGGUGGGAGGGUUGACAUUUCCCUGAAAUUUCUUGAUCAGAAUGAAUAAAUACUGGUGUUUGAUACCUGUCUUAAUGAACAUGCUCAUAAGGUGACUGAUAAGUUGUAAAUAUACCUGAAAAACAAAGGGGUAGUUUUGAUAUUCUGGUGUCAGUAUGGAAGAUCUUACACAUUUAUUUAAUAUUCAUUUGUUUGAAGAUGUUUGUUUGUAACAUAACAGCACAGUAGCCUUGACUUAGUUUCCUUUGGUUAGUACUGUACCUUUUUGCCAUGGCCAGUGCUCCCCAUCCCUACAAUGACAUUUUAUUUAUUUCACUCUGUAACCUGAAAUGAAUAGGAAUAAGAGUUUUAAACCAUGUUACAUUAACUUAUUUCUGACAUUAUAAAUUAGCCUACAAUAUUACAUGAACAUGAUUGUUAUAUAAUUUAUGAGAACCUUUCUAUAAAUAUGCGCUUAUUACAUUUGAAAUGCUUCCAAUGUACUUUAUUUGCUGUUUGUAAUUCCAAAAAGGAUAUGCAAACCAGUCUGUAUUUCAUGGAUAUUUAAUAGUGAGAUCUUCCAUGUUGAAGGUAAUGUAUUUUUUUUUAAGAUUUUAAAAUUGCUAUUUUGUUACAAAAUAGAGACCUAUUAACAGUUUGAGAGCUCCUUAUGUGCCCUCAGGGAAAGAACCCUCUGUGCAACAGAACUACACAAAACAUCUUCAGCACGUUCUGAGGGUGAAUAUAUACUACAUAAAUUGAUCUUGUGUAUUUAAUGUUAUCUUUUUAAUUUUAAAAUUGAAAUUUUGAAACUUGGUUGUGCUCUGCUGGAGGGGGUUAGGAUAAACUGCUUAGGUGUUUGCCUACUUGUCCAGUGAAAUUACAUUUGCAUCAGUGUAUGUGUAUACCCACCAACCUUAUUGGUAUGGCUCAGAACAUUUAUACUAAAAUAAUGCUUGUCUUGCAGCAGGUGAUCCCAUAAAACAGUAACACCCUGUUCUUAAAAACUUACUCUUUCUCGCUAACAGCAUAGGAAUUAUUUCUGUGUUGAGGUUACUCUAUAUUACAUCAUUUCUCUGUGUACUGGCCACUUUCUGUCAUAGUGGGUUUUAUGUGAAGUAAAGCCAUUGUUUCUGUCACUUUAGAAGAAAGCAAUCCAUCUGAUCCUUCUUCAAAAUGGUACCUACUGAUAUCAUAGAGGAAAAUACUACAAAUAAGACCGAGGAUGUGACUUUUUAAAAUUGGGGCAUUUCCUGUCAUUUGACCCUUUUACCAACAUGUCAUGAUGUACAUGUUUAGAAUCAUAGUAUACAAAGCAAUAGGAGAGGAAAUUUGCAAUGUUGGUAACUAAACUGUAUAUGUUGCCUACGGUCUAGUCAGGAAAAAGUAGACUGAGGUCUGGAAAGCAGGAAAGGGUGUGUGUGUGUGUGUGUGUGUGUGUGUGUGUGUGUGUGUGUGUGUGUGUGUGUGUGUGUGUGUGUGUGUGUGUGU